AUGCAAUCAAUCGACCCUCGAGGCAAACAAAGAGCUUCUGGAACGUCAGCAAGAGCUCAAGCAACAGAGAUUCAAGCACCCCGAAUCUCUACACAAUUUACGAAUCCCCUUUCGAGACCCGCGGAACCUCCCUCAAUGCUACCGAACGACCCAGGCACUCGGAAUACCUUCGAAAGACCAGACGGAGACGCGCCGGACCUCGAUAAUUACGCGUCGGACCUCGAUUUUGACCUCGAUUCACUACCGUAUUCGAAGCCAGAAAGUCAUACAAGGGCUAGAUUAAUUAUCGAGGACUUCCUGGACAUAAAGAGUGAGGGAUUAAAAGACCACGAGCUUUGGUCUUUAUUCCGACACGCGAAGCAGGUCGAGAGGUUUCCUAAUCAGUCAAGCCUUAUUCGUCUCACUAAAAUCAUCGACGAAGCUCUACCUUCACCUCUACCUCUAAGUGCAAAUUCGCUUCGCCAAUCACUCCGCGAAGAGUACGAAGAGCUUCGACGCCAAAAAGAGGCAAUUGCGCGAGACCUCAACGACCUCCGAAACCUAACAAUUACGAGGGACGCGCAAAAGCGUAAGGAGAGCAUCGAGGAGGCUACAAGGCACAAAGAAGAGCUCAAAGCAGCAAGGCAAUCAUCAAGGCGAAGUUCUCGCGAUUCACUUCCUUCUCCCGUUCCUUUACUACUUCAGCCACCGAUUCCAUCACCGAGGGAACACGCUAAAGAGUACGACGAGCCCUUGAAGGUUGAGGAGAUUCCGGGCAAUUUUUACUCUCACCAGGGCAAUGGAUACCGCCAAGACCGAGCCCAGGAAUACGAGCAAGCUCUUGCUAGCAACCCUAACGAUCCUGACGGCUCGGACGGUGAUCCAGAAAGAGGGAACAAAAGGGGAAGCGAGUGGAAUGGGCACGGGGGAAGAGGAGGAGGACACGGUGGCCCGACGAAGAGAGGGGAAAACGGACCUCCAAGGGACCCUGGAUUCGGAAAUGAGCCGCCAAGGGACCCUGGACGAGGAUACGAGCCCCCCGGCGGACCUGGGCCAAACCGACCCCUUACCAGCACCCCUUUUUCGACCCGAGUGCUAGCCAGGCACACCUACGGCACCCCAGCCCCUAACGACGACGAUUUUCCUGAGCUCGGAACGGCGGACCCAUACCCGAGGGCGAAAGAAUUGGCCUUGUUCGCAAGGAGCUUCCCUAAGGAGCUGAAGUAUUCAGGACCCGACGAUGACUUCAGGACCCAAUUAAGGAUUUUUGCUAACCAAGCAAGUCGAUACGGUUUGACCUCCGACGACUACUUGGCGGCGUUCCCGAUUAUGCUUACAAGAGAAGCUAUAACCUUUUAUUAUAAUCACGUCAUCAAGGCCAGGCUUCCGACUUUCAAAGCAAACGCUAUUGCGGUAAGGGACCAUUUUGAGACUGACCACCGGCGGCAAGCAAAAUACGACCGCUGGGAGCAAAUUUCGCUGGAAUUGGUCAGAAAAGAGAAUCCAGGGACCUCGCUUAGCGAGUGCUUUGAGAAGCUCGCUAAAGAGCUCAGGGGCAUUCAGAGCUCGCUACGACCAGGUCUGAGGGACGAUAGGAGUCUCGCUGACAAGCUGUAUUCAGCUUGUAAAAACGUGCCAGAGACUACUAUUGCACGAAUGAACCCUGCGUUUACCUCUACCGCCGCAGUUGCUGAUAUUCGCCGAGCAAUUGGUUUUGCAACUGAGAGCAUUCAACCUCUUAAGAGUGAGAGCUAUCGACCUUCCAAGGCAAACAGAGCUUACGCGAGCUCUAGCGAGCCAUUUGAUCAGUCUCAGCACUCCUCUCAGCACUCUCUUCAGCACUCCUCUCAGCAUUCCUCUCAGCACUCUCCUCAGCACUCCUCUCAAACCUCAAGCAAGGCUGAUUCCGACAACCUUGAGGACGAGUACGAGUGUUUUAUUCAAGGCUGCCAAUACGGAGGUGAGCACUGUGAGCACUUCGCGAGGUGA